UCAACUUUUUUUUCUUAUGCGGGAUCCAGACCUAUAACAACUGAUACUUGACUGAGAUAGCCACAUAUAUAUUUGUUUUCUUAACACGUUUUUGCAGUAAAUUGUUGCAUCAUGAAGGUUUUCUUGGUACUAGCCGCUUUUGCCACGCUAUGCGCAGCCAAGCCGACCUUUCUGCUCGACUCCCUGGUGAUUCACAAGGUAGCUAAAGGACUUGGUCUAGGAAAUGUCAUCAGCGUUGAUGGAGACGCAAGAGCCAAGCUCGGCCAAAACGAAAUUGGAGUUGAUCUUGCUGGAGGCAUCGGGGGAGAUGUCGUUGGAUAUCACGCCAAAGUUGAUGGUAAUGUGUUAGGACAAAAAGUUAAUGUGCAUGGAGACAUAUACGAUGGUGAUAAAGUUGAUGCCAAGAAUCAUCAAGUGUACACCGACGAAAACGGUCUCCAAUACAUCCUGGUCCGCCAAUAUGUCGGUACCAACUCACUCUUGGUCAGAAAAUAUUUGAUCUCCGGAAAAAUGGUCAUUGAUGGUACUAAUCAACCACUGGACAUUAACGCCCGUUAUCCAGACACCACCGUUGAUGUACGCUAUCCUAAUAUUAACGUCAACGUUGAACGCCCAGGCUACAAGAUUGUCCAGAUCACUUACCCAGAUGGUACCCUCCGUCCUAUGUACGUCCGCAUCGAAGAACCAAAUCUACCCCCUGGCUAUAUUCGUGUUUAUGACCCAACCGUCCCAAUUGGAUACAGAAUUGUCAGGAUAGAGACCCCAGAAGUACCAGUUGACCCUAUUCGUUAUACAGUGAUAAGAACACCAAAUGUACAGGUUAAUCCAAUUCAAAUUGAAAGAGUGCAGCCUGAGUACAAAACUAUUCGUAUACUAUAAAUAUUUUAAUGUUUUAGAAGUAAGAAGAAUUAUAAUAAAAUUUUUUGUUAAAA